AAACAGACUUGGGACAGAGGGAAGGGGACACGUCUUCACGCACAGAGUGAUGCUUACUAGACCGGACGAGCGCUGAUGUGCUGAAUGGCCUUUCUCGCCAUCGUGUUGUUAACGUUAUCGAAACCAAGGGCUGAGCUAACUAUAUGUGCGGCAGCCAGACUACCUUAAUGACAGCAUCAUUUCCUUUACGAUAUUGAACAUUAAUGAGCGGUUUUAGAUAAUUCGCCUGUUUUAUCAUGUACAGGACCUUAUUUGACCACUUAUUUUAAAAUCUAAAAUAAGUGCACGAUUAACAUUUAAAAAUUAAACGGGGACUGUGUGUUUAUGAGUGUCACUCUAUAAUCAAAUCUAAAUUAAGCAGAUGUAAUGCAGUAUAUACCUGUGUGCAUCGCUAUACGAGUCAAACUACAAAUCUGGGAUCUGUUACGGUCGUCUGCUCACCGAUUCUAUCGGGAUCGAUUCGUCGGGUGGUGCGCAGUUGUUUUGGUCUGGGUUAUAGGAAUGCAGUCCAGCACGUUGCAAUAAUUCUGGACCGGACUCGUGUCGUUCCACCACAAAUAUUAACGGUACAGAUCCGUUUCUGGUACCGUCUGGAGGUUCAUUUCUGGAGCCGGGAUCCGGAGAGCGAUAAGCAUCCCUGCUUGAUAAUGAUGGAAGAGAUGGCGACGAGGAUUCAGAUACUGGGGUACCCUGGCUCGCUGGGUGAGCCCUCGGCUCUUGGCACGGCUCUGGAUGCGGGUGCGAGGAGUGUGGAGUUUACCGGUCUAUGCAGUUGGUUGGUUUCACAGCUGAAGAGUGUGUGUCCCUCCAUUGAAGAGAGCAUUAACCCAACACGGGGUCCGGAGGAGGCGGACAGCUUUCAGCUGGAGGUGAGCGGCAUGGUCAGCGAGCUGCACUGCCCCUACACAGCCCUGACCACUGGAGAAGUGACCACGCGGCUGACCAGCAGGGACAACUGUCACAACCUGCUGGAGUUCCUAAUGUCAGAGCUGCAGGCGGCGCGUGUCCUCAAGGCAAGAGAGCCCCCCCCAGUGGAGACAGACGGAGACGGAGACAGAGACGAGAUCAGGGGAGAGAUGCAGCUCAUCUGUGAAGCCCUGGAGAUCGAAUCAGAGUCCCUCCACAACCCAGCCCUGCUCACUGAUAUUCAGAACACGGUGUCCCUGCGUCUCCACAGUCUCCCUGACAGUGCGGUGAUGAACCCCCUUCUGAAGAGGCAGCUGGACCCCGAGCUCUGGGGUCGGCUGGCUGCAGUGAGCCAGGCUCUCCGGGUGGAGUACGAGUGCCGCAUGCGCAUGCUGAUCAAACGCUUCCAGGUCACAGUGCAGUCCUUCCACUGGGGAGAGCGGGGCGAGGCCAGCAGUUCCUGUAUGUCCUCGGUGAUCUCCCCUCUCGAAGCCGCUCUCUCGUCCGUCUCUCUGGUGUCUCUGUCCCACCUGCUAGCUGCUCGCGAGGAUGCGUCCCGAAUCGUGAAGACAAGCAGCGGGACGUCCCGGCUGGGGACAAGCUGCGCCGUCAACAAGGUUCUGAUGGGCAGUGUUCCUGAUCGGGGGGGCCGGCCCGGGGAGAUCGAGCCCCCCAUGCCAUCCUGGGAGGGGCGCAGAGAGGGGGGGCACCAGCAGCACCACCACCAGAGGCGAUGGGGAAGGAAAAGGAAAGCCAAAUAGAGGUGCAAUACCUUUCGUGAACACUGGGUGGCAGCAGAGCCUCAACCACAGGUCCAUGGAGCACAUGGUCAAACCAGAUCAUCAUGGCUAUGGCUGUGAAAUUUGUUGUCUAACAAUAUUACUUAAUCAUUUUGAAUGUGGCAACGCUGUGACCCAUGAUGUGAGAUUAAAAAUGUCAAGAGUUGGCAAUAUGUUAAAAAUAUAACGCUUGCGAUAAGGAACACAGCCGAGUUAAAAUAUAUAUAUAUAUAUUUUUAUUUAGUUAAAAAAUGAAUUGACAAAUAAUUAAGGGAGCGUUUGGUCACCAAAGAUAAAGAAUAUUUAAUUUAAGGUAUUUAAGUUUGCCUCCCUUGCUGUUGAACGGAAUAGUUUUCAUUUGAGUUUCAGUAAAAUAUUAUAACUUUUUAGUAGGAUAAAUAUUAAGGCUGCAGCGAUUCACUGUCUGUCGAUGAAUCGCGAUGCUUUCUUUACAUGAUAUAUCUAAUAGAGGUUUGUAUUGUGAUACGAGACCACAGCCGCACAGCGUCAUUAAAGAACUACAGCGCCCAUCAUCCCUCGCCAUUGCCAGCAGGUGAGCAGGCAUGCUGGGAACUGUAGUUCUAGCUAGGAGCGUAUUGUUCACUCUGUAUCGAUGAAUAGCGAUGCUUUCUUUACAUGGUAUUUCUAAGAGAGGCGUGUAUUGUGACACAGGACCACAGCCGCACAGCUCGCUGUAGCUCACCCAGCGGUUCCUGAAUGAGGUGGGUUUUAUAGCUGAUAUGGAAACGCACUGUCCCUAACUCGAUACACUUGUCUUUACAAAAUGAUCCAUUCAUGAAAUGAUAAUUUGAUGUUGCUGUGCAUCAUAUAGGUAGCCUCCUUCAGGAUGCAUCGCCACCUGCAUAUCGGGAUACAUAUUGUGACACUAGUGUAUCGCUACACCCUUAAUAAAGAUAUCAAUAUAAUUAUAAUAAUGAUUUCUUUGUAUCGGAUUUAAAUGACACUGCAUUAAGAUUAUGCUGUAUUGUGAUUUAUUAUUAUAAAUGGCUGAUUCAUUUUCCUUCUUUUGUUUCAUUAAAAGUGUUGUACUAAGAGGGUUAAUAAAAAUAUAGUCUACGUUCUUAUUGUUA